UGAACAAUCUUAAAUUUAUAUUUAGUGUCUUUGUCAGAAUAUAGAUAACUUUUAAUGCAUAUAUAAAACAAGAAUUAUAACAGACGAUAUCAAGAAAUAUAAAAAUAUGGCAGACAUAACUGUUGGAAUGAAUUCCCCAUACAAGUCAGAAUCGAAAGUUCCAGGAUCGAAUGCUUAUGACAGAAAGAAGACAUUUGCUGAGGGAUUACUUGAUGUAGCUAUAUUAAUUGCUAAUGCUACACAGCUUAAGGCUGUAAUAUCUAAUGGGCCGUCUCAUAAAUAUUACAUACCACUAUUGGUCCUAAUCUCAGUGUCGAUUGUUAUACAGCUAGUAGUGGCGGUCUUAUUGUUAAUCAUAGGAGCCACGGAAAAAAGGGCAGAUAAUAAAGUAUGGCUAUAUAAAAUGAACAAUGCAACAAUAGGACUUAUCGUGGCAAUAACAGUAACCAACAUUUUCAUCAGUGCAUUUGGUAUUGAAUCUACGAACUGAAAAAUCAUCAAUAAUUUACAAAUGCUGCGCAUCAUAAUCUAAAAUAGUUUUGAAAAAUAUAUAUGCUUAGUAUUUAUGUUAUCAUAAUAUAAAUAACGCAAAUUGAAGUUUCACAUAUUAGUAUCAUCUGCAUUGUAUUUUUUGUUGUUGUAUUCUAUAUGUUGUUUAUGAUAGGAUUACGCUUACGAGAUUAAGACAACAUUU